UGUAUGACCAAAAAAUAAAAACCAACCAAACGAAAAGUAAAAAAUGACAAUUCAGUGCGAGCAGUGAAAAAAAUUCUAAUAAAUUCUGCACUUAGCUUUUUCUCAUAGUUAUUUAAUUCGUAUUCACUUAAAAACUAUCGCAAAUUACUCGCGACUUGCUUAUUUAUAAGAAAAUGAAUAAGUUUCUUGUGCUAACUUUGUUUUUCAUUAAAAACAUUCGAGACACCCUCGCAGCUAGUUCGAGCUUAACUGCAGGAGGCCACUGUAAAGAUUACAAUGGUAAACUAUAUGAGAGUGGCAUGCACUACAUGCCCGGACCAGAUUCGUGUCGUUUGUGUAUAUGUGAUAGCGGUCUGCCGAAGGCAUGCAAAAUGGUCCUUUGCGAGGCUUUCACCAAAUGUAAAUCAUUUCAAACUGUAGGGAAUGGCAACAAUUGUUGCGAAGUGAUUUGCCUAGACGAUCAAUUCACCGAUGGAAGCACAGAUUUUGGGAUAUGACUUGUGGCCAGUGGCAUUACUGCCACUUUAUCGCUUUCGUUGUUAUUCUUUUUGGUUAAUAGGCUGCGUCAAAGGAAAAUUAGAGCUCGAGAGAGUCGUCAAAAUGCCGAAGAUCAAAGGAGCAUUGUUGGGAGUAUUGGAUACAUUGCUGGUAACAUGGGUUACAUGGAAGGUAAUCUCAGUGGAAUGGACUAUUCUUAUGGUGGAGGUGCAACACACUACCCUCUAUGGAAACCGCCUAGUGGUUAUUUUCCCCGAGGUGAAGCUCCACCUCCUUACGAAGAGGCGGUAGCAAUAUCACAGGCUGAAGCUCUUAGUGCUCAAUGUACUGUGAGUGUAGCCACUACAACUCAUCGAUCACUGCCGGUUGGUAUCAAUCCAGCUGAUAUGUCAAGUGAUGUUGUUCGUCGAGGACAAAUGGCUCAACCCCAACAACAGCAUCAUUCUCAAACACCAUCAGCCCAAAUACAGCCUCCACAAGCCCAGCAUCAUCAGCAAAGCAUAACUCAGAGUACAACAAAUUUGAUUAAUAUCAAUAUCAAUAGCGGUGGUAAUCUUACAACAAUUGCAACAGGCGAAGCUCAUCAGCCACCGUACAGCUGCAUAACAUCAGUAAACCAACCGUGUUCUACACAAACUCCAUCUAACUGCUCCCCGGCUUUGAAUAGUAUUGGCGAUGUAACCCCUGUAGCUGCCAAUAACAAUCGUCUUCAUAUGCCCAAUAAUUCGAUUUGUGUGCAAACAACAGCCCCGCCACUUCCAAGUAGUGCAGCGAUUCAUAGUGCACAGCAUCAACACAACUAUCAGCAGGCUCAACAGCAUAUUCAAUUCCAGCAACGUACUCAGCAACAACAACUGCAUAUGCAACAACAGCAACAACAACAACUUCAACAGCAACAACAUCAGCAGCAACAACAACAGCAACAACAACAGCAGCAGCAUCAGCAACUACAGCAGCAGCAGCAACAACAACAACAACAACAGCAGCAAAAGCAGUCUCAGUCAAUGCAACAACAAUCGAAUUGCAUUCAAAUAACUGAAUGUACCUACAAGAAUUGUCACCUUAACAGUUCACAUCGUCGUAUUCAAAAGCAGCAUCCAACACAGGAAAUGAUUCACUAUGUCAGCAAUGCUAGCACUGGCGUAACCUUCCAAACGAUCACCAGUGAAUCAUCAGAGUCCAGCGCAAUGAACAAGGCGGAUCAAAUAACAUCGCCUCAGUACACAACAGCGGAGUGCGCUGGUCGUAUUCAAGAGAUAAGCACCAUAACGAGCAGUGAGACAGUUGCACAAGCACAAGCGUCAACUCUAAAAAAUACCAACAAAACGCCCUCAACAUCUCGACGAUACCACCGAACUAUACCCCGAUACUUUGCUGUGGUCGAUCCACUAGGACAAUCUACUCAACAAAAGCUGAUAUCUUCAUCUGGUUCAAAGCAAUCAUCGUCUUCAGUUACAAGUGGAAGCAGUAAUAGCAGCAGUGCCAACAACAAUAUUGGCAGUAAGAAGCCAACUUGUCAAUGCCCAGUUCAACACGUGCCCAUGUCUUAUAUGGGAACCAAUCAAAUAAAUAACUCACAGACCAACAAUGUGUUUCUCUCGGCUCUGAGUACAAAACUGGUUACAAGCCGUUCUAGUUUUGGAACAAAAUGCAUGCCACCAAACACACCAACAUCAACGACAAAAUCUCCCAAUCAGAAUUCGUCAAACGAUCUUUCUUCAAAUGGAGGUGGAAGCAAUGCUGGUACAAUGAAGAAAGGCAGCACACCUUUGAAUCAUCAAUCUAAUCUAUAUUGUCAACAUGAAGCUAAAAUAGCAACGAUUUCAAAACAGGUAGGUGAUUUUAAGACCGAUACACCCACCUAUGAAACACAUGCCAUUCUCACACCAUACGGAGAUGAGAAAGUUCAUCUGUCAUCUUCUAAUAAGGGAAAAAUCAGUAGUAGUAGCGGUAAAGUAACAAGCUCACCGAAAGUCCUUCCAGAGAGUACAUCUUUAUACUCAACUGGAAACCUCAACACCGUGUCCUUGAAUUAUCCAGAGGGAAAUCCAGCAUUACCACCGAAAAUGUAUAAAAGUCAAUCGAAUCUCAAAUCACCCAACGGGUCUACAUCUUCAUCAGCUGCCCUUUUGUUAAUGCAGCAGCAGCAAAAAUCUCCCCAUCACGGUGGCGGUGGUGGUAACAAUGAUCAAAUUCCAACAAUUUCCCAUCAAAAAUCCCAAUUCACAAAAUCACUUCCCCGCAAGGAAGACAAAAACACUCCACCUGCGCUCACUUUACCCAUAUCGGGUCAGCUGAGCACAGAAAAAUCCCUUAGCAUGGGAAAAAUCAAUUCAUCUACCUUUUAUCCCCUGCAAAACAAUCAUGUUACCUACACACUCCCAAAACAUACACCAGGAAAGAUGUCGCUCAAUAGUACGAUAGCUAGCGUGGUAAGUAAGGUACCUUCAGUGAUAAGCAUUCCAGCUACUGAGGACACCAAUUUACCACGCAUGAAAUCUCAACCUCAAAGUCCCAAUCAUAAGGCAGGACCUGUACCUGUAAACAAAUGUACCACUUUGCCCAAAACCUUGAGGUCUGCUGCGAAAAAAACUGAAGCAACAAUUCCAACCACCACCGUUACAAUGCCCGCGACAUCUACUCCAUCUUCCACAUCAACAUCAACUUCCACGUGUAAUAAACCAAAACCGCUGGAUAGCGAUAAACCACUGCCGGUUUGCACGACAUUGAAAAAUUGUUUAAAUCCCAAAGAACAUUUUUUGCCCAACGACACGAGUUUGGAUGAUGAUUAUUUGAGUGAAUGUGAGAAUUGCAAAAUCGCACAUAGUUCAAAGUAUUAUUUGGACGAAGAACCAGCAGAGUCACCACAAGAGACAAUGACACUGCAACGAAAAAUGGACGACAAAGAGGAACAGGAGCAGGCUUACUAUAGAAUAUCACAUACACUGCCUACAAAUCCAAAAAAGAAUCCAACUAUCAAAAAUAACUCCCGCGAACCAUGGUUCUCUACUAUUCCGGCCAGUUCAUCAUCAGAAGAAGAAAUAAACGAAUGAGAUUUAUCACACUUUCUUUAAAUAUUUUAAAUAAUAAACCUAUUUAAUUUAUUUAAAGAAACUUUGGUGUUAUGUUACAAACCAUAAAAUGUAAGUACGAUCAUCUGUGUAGUUAAAGUAGAAAACAAAAAUAAAAACAAA